AUGCUGCAGACGCUGGAUUCCCAACCAAGCCUCAAGCCCAGCUACUCCAACAGCAACAGCGGCGACAAACCACCGGGUCUCCUACGGCUCCCUCCCGAACUGCGUCUCAAGAUCUACGAAUACGUGCUCGAUACCCCCAAUGACUAUCUCGACCGUCCCUUGAUCGUGCUCGACGACCGCGGCAGCAGCUUCACUGCGCGCGGUCGAUACCGUGCCUUGAGCAUGAAUCCUACCUGGCAGGGGGGCGGGGAUGGUCGGUCGCGCAAGCUGCUGUCCGUCAAUCGCCAGAUCCACGACGAGGCCGAAGACUUCCUGUACUCGCACUACACCUUCUUCUUCCGCAACUCGUUCAACCUCGAGCGCGCCGGCGACUUCCUCGACACGCUGAGCGCCACGGCGCGCAGCCGCAUCCGCAACGUCGGCUUCGAGAUCUUCUUCUUCGUGCAUAACCAGACGGGCGUGCCCAAGCGGACCCUGAAGCUGUACGGGCAGGUGGGCAAGAUGAUGCAGGAGCGCCUGCCCCGCUGGAAAUCCGUCAUCUUCUAUCUGGACCCGCGGUUCUAUUUCCCCACGCCCCAGGUCGGCGGCAAGGAGCUCGCUGCGCGGGGGGUCUUCUAUCUGGCGACCAUCUUCGGGGCGCUGGGCAAAGAGGUCACCUUCUAUCCGGUGCAGCCCAUCCACCGGCACGUCAUCGAAGAGGCAGAACGACAAGUGCGACGGGGGAGUCGUUCUCAGGAUCGGCCGUCGCUGUAG